GAGGAGAGAGACAAGCCACAUUGAGGUUGUGACAUCGUAACCGCUCUAACACAACGCACACGGCGGCGGCAUUGUGGUCGGGAUGUAUUCAUCAUCAAGAAGAAUGUCAGCUUCAGGAAACGGCUCGGCCUCUGAUUGGACGGGGGGGUGGGCCACGUGACCGGUUUUCCCAACCGGAGUUUCCACGACAGCUGGAAGCCGAGCGGGCACAGGCGCGUCGUCGGUUUCUUUGAAAAAUAACAAGGACUAUCCUCGUUUCAACACCUUCAAAUAAACCCCGUCUGGCAUGGGCGACAAGAGGAGUCCUACAAGGCCGAAGCGUCAACCGAAGCCCUCCUCAGACGAGGGGUACUGGGACUGUAGCGUGUGCACGUACAAGAACACGGCGGAGGCUUUUAAGUGCAUGAUGUGCGAUGUCAGGAAAGGCACGUCAACAAGGAAGCCUCGCCCGGUCUCCCAGCUGGUCUCCCAGCAGCAGGUAACACAGCAGUUCGCCUCCCCCACGCAGCCCAAGAAGGAGAAGAAGGAGAGGGUCGAGCGAGAGAAGGGCGAGCGAGAGCCCGCGCCGCUCAAGAAGAACGGUCACAAGAAGAUGAGGCCACGGUUAAAAAACAUCGACCGCAGCAGCGCGCAGCACCUGGAGGUGACCGUGGGCGACCUCACGGUCAUCAUCACCGACUUCAAGGAGAAGGCACGCCCCUCGCCCCCCAACGCCUCCUCCACCCCCACCAGCGUCCCCGCCCCCACCACCACCACCACCUCCUCCUCAUCCUCGUCCUCCUCCUCUUCGGCCGCAGCCGCUAACGCCGCCGCCACCGCCGCCGCGGGCGCCAUGGACCACCACAGCCACAACGGCUCGGGUUCGGAGAACACGGACCGGGGGGUGUCACGCUCCUCCUCCCCCCGCGGCGACGAGGGGGCCUCCGUCAACGGGGAGUCCCACUGAGGGCUGGGGCCGGGAGGGGGGGAGGGGACGCCAUCUUUCUUUUCUGUCUUUCUUUCUUCCUUUGUUUCUUUCACCGCUCUCCCUCCUCUUCCCGUCGAGAAGACUGUACCUCGAUGACCCCCCCCCCCCCCCCCGAGUCCCUGAGAGCCACCGACCCUAGCGUCCGGUCCCGCGCCCACCCUCUCCACCUCAUAACCGUAACCUCUCUAGCCUCAGCCGCAGGCUCUUAAGUUCUGGGGAUCCCGGGGAGGACAUUUUUGACCCUACCCGUCGGACCGUCGUCAACGGCGACGGCACACGACUCCAGAAACGGAUUCCAACCAACGAAACUUUACUUUGUGCUCCUUUUCCUUCUCUUUUCCUUUCCCUCUGCCCCUGACUCAACAGCGACUAGAACAUUUGGGAGAGCUAUCUCUUCCUUUGAGUGUCAGAUGAUGUUGAGGGCGACAGGGGAGAUGUCAGGCCUUUUGGGGCGGACCAGUCGGGGAAAAAAACCUCCCAAUGCAAGCUUUCCUCGGACGUGCGACUGUUAUCAGGGGGGGGGGGGGGGGGGGGUCAGGACUAAUGGCAGAGGACGGCGCACCGCCCAGGUCGACGCCCCUUCUCACGGACAGCGUACCGUAACUCAUCUCCAUGAGUUACGGUUUAAAUCGGGACGUGACUAGAGAAUCGCGCCGCGGCCGCGGCCGUCGACGUAGAGCUGCCCUCGCUGACCGGACCUUUGUGGAAACCCCCUUCUUUUUGCCGCCAGACCUCGCACGACCCCUCUCUCGAUUGUGUCCCCGAAUAUAUCCCCAAGAACGGGUUUAAUCUUCCCACACAAGCCCUUCCUCAAACCCCCCCACCCCCAGAACCUUUACAGUCCCGAGUCUCCUGGUUCCCCCCCCCCCCCCCCCCCUUCUGCUCUGGAACCUGCAGGAACCUCCUCUGCAAACUGCACAACGUGCCAUAGCGACACCAGCAUCGGUCGUCAGUACCCCCCCCCACCCACACACACACAACCCGGACUUCAUUUAAAAACUAAAAAACAUGUCGAGCCGACAUUGACACAAAAAAAACAAAAUGGACGCCAAGCGGUGGAAACGCAUCCGAGCGCUCGUGCUGCAAAAGAACCCGCGGGGGUUUGGGCCGGCGCCGCCGCCGUCUAGCGCAAGACCAGUGCGACUGAAAGCCCACUGGUGCUGGCACACUUCUUCCCCCAGUGGACCCAGUGGGAUACGCCGGGCGGCGACAUGCUUGUACAACGGAGAGUUGCGACAAAAAAGAAAAGGAGAAAACUUUGGAUUUGUUCUCUUCCAAAAACAUCGCAAAAACGGACCCUUCCGGACAAGCACAUUACGUAGCUGUAUAGAUGAAAUAGCUUGCAAUAUGACAGUCUUCAGAAAACUGUUAAAGUAUCACUUAAAUGAAAUGUUACGGUGGGCGGUCGGGGCGAGACAUUUUUUUUUUUUGGUUUGGAAUACACUACACUCUAUUGUAAAAAAAAUAAAUAAAAAAAAUACAAAUAAGACUAAUAAAAAAAAAAAAAAAACAUACAUAUAUUACACUGCAACUCUAAAUCAAACUGUCUAAAGGAUGGCUUUUGAAAUUGUAGAAUAAUUUGUUCCACAAAGUGUAUUUCUAUUGUAUUACAAUGUUUUAUCGUGGGUGUAUCAUGCAUUAAAAACCAGUGUUAUCGUCGAAAUGUUCACUUAGUACAGGUCCUAACUGUCAGGGCAUGAUGACACAUUCCCUGGAAUAUAAACGUACGUACAUACGAGAGAAACGCUGCCUUGUACAUUUAGGAUGAUAUCAUUUGAUGUGUUCUUCUAAUAAAACUAAUAACCAGGUAUCGGCUCCGCCAUACUAGCUGGGACUAGUAGUGUGAGCUCAUGAGAAAUGUUUGAAAAUAUCAUUUGCCUCGAAAAUGAAAGACAUUUGUCAUUGUUCGGAAAAGCAUUAUCAUUCAUUCUUGAGACAAGUAUGCGACAUUUCAUUUUUUUUAUUUUAUUAUUUUGUUUUUUGACAUGCUCUCCUCUUUCAACUUGUGUCGAUUUAAUUUAGUAGGCCUACAUGUCGAAAUAAGAGUGACUAAAGUUGUGUGUUUGCAUCUUUCGUUAGUCUGCUAUUGUUUUCUUUCUCACACAUGCACAGAUUCUGGGAGUUUUCGGAUCAUAUUGUCAGCAUUGAUAAGAUGUAUCUGAAAUGCUUGAGUUUCAAGCCUCAACAACCCAAAACAAGGAACAGUGCAAACAAGUAAAUAAAAUUAAAAAUUUAAGAAUCUUAAAACAAAA